GGAUGUGAAUUAUUGGAUAGGGAGGGAGCUAGGCUUGCCGAUAGAUAGGUCGAGAUCUUUGGACUGCCUAUAGGUCGAGAUCUUUGGACUGCCAGAUAGAUGAGUCAGGGAGGGAACAUAUUGAUCUACAAGGUUAGAUUGAGAGAAACGUAUCGCGCAGAAGUCGAAUGUGAGAUAAGUGCGGACAGGAGGAAAUUGUGGGACGGUGUGAAAAGCGUUCAGUGAGUGCUGCUGAGGCUCUCUAAGAAGUUAUGUAUUUGGGGGAGUCAGGGGGCAAGUCGGAACGAUCUACCUCCCUUGGUAGCGAAGGGGUCCUUAGACUGAGAGGUGGUAAUUUAGAUCCCGAGGGCAUGGCGUAUUCUCGUCUUGAUCGGCUGCAAGAGCCCGUUGCGUCUAGUGCGAACGGCGAUUGUAUCGUAGGUGAUGGGGCCCAUGUUCCGGUUCCGAGCAGACGUUCAUUGAGAUGCAGGUCGGAUGCGGCGUCGGGAUCAAUAUCGGCGCCGCGGGGAUCCUUUAGUGGAGGUGGCGGAGCAGGUGGGAGGACUCAUGCCGCGCUGGCAACUUCUGGUUGCUCCACUACGGCGGCGGCUUCUAGAUCAUAUCUCAGGCCCGGACUUUUGGCGCAGUACGCGGAUGCGCAUAAGAACUCGCGUACGUCAUGUAUGAGUAAUGUGAGCAGGAAACGUGUCCUGGGAGAGACCACAUCGUCGCUCUAUUCAAAAGCUGCGGGUACAGUUGUGGAUAUCCGAGGCGAUAGAGGCGGCAGCGGCGGCGACGAAGGACGAGGAAGAGAGCGGGGAGCGGGUUUAGGUGCGGGAGGAAAGGAACUCUCUGUCAACCGCUCCCUUUCUCUCACCCCAUCGCCGGAUGUUCCUCCUCCUCGCGAUCUUGCCACCAUGUUCAUUCAAAGGAAAAAAAUGGUUGCUCCACGAACUCCCCGGACGCCUCAAGCUUUUACAGUUUACAGGGACUCGACGCCAGAACCUGCAGAAUCUUCGUCGUUAGAAUCUCUCCCCACCGAGCUUCUGGUUCGGAUCCUUUGUUACCUUCAUCACGACGAGUUGAAGCCAGCUUUUUUUGUUUGCAAACGUUUACGUGAGGCGACGAUAGCCGCCGUCCAAAUCCACUUCAACUACACGACACCUGAUCGUGAUCGUCAAGAAAUCCUCAGUUUUACUACGCCGAAUCCGUCUCAACGGUGGCCAUUCCGGAGCGGACAACACGGUUGUCUACCACAAGUGCCUCAAGCUCCUCGACCUCAGCGGCUUGUACAACAUCAUUCGGUUUCCUUCCCAGCUGCAACGUUACGACAAGUGGCCGCGUCUUUGUUCCCGUGUACGCCUAGGCCUCAACAAGCGAGCGUGUUUUACCAUUUGCCCAGUUUUCCUCGACCUCUAAGGAUGGCAUCAUCGCAUCGUGUCCUCUUCCACAAGGAGGAUCUGUGCACAGUAGUUGCACAGGAGAGUGUAUAGACGAAGGGAGGCUCAAUGGGUGUAAAGGAGGUGCUUUGAAAAAAUUGGUGAACGGAUUUUGCGGAAAUGCUGGGCGCAUUACUAGUCCAUGCACUUCUCGUGUCUCUUCUGCUUGCCCCUGCUUUUCUUGUGCCCUUGUCAAUUGGUUUAUACAGUUUGUCUCGCGAUGCGAGUCCUCGUACGUCAUGCAUUCACGGAACUUCCAACUCGCGUCUUGGUCGGGACUGUUUGUCAUUUAUCGAUGAUAGUUGACAGUUUUUCGGGCGAUGGGUUUGUCCAGUCAAGUGGUUGACGUAUACAGCGCAGUGAAGAGACUGAGCUCUGGCCGAUUCGUCUGCCGAGGCUCGGCAGGAUGGUGUGCGUGCAUCUCAUUACUGGUGGUGGGAUGGUAUAAUCAUAGCCACUGCCAGAAAGAGUAGUAGAGGAUAUUGCAGCUAAUUUGGGGGCGAAUGUCAGGAUGAGCCGCCGUUGGCAACGUGGGUUUGAAUUUGACGAGAUCGAAUGAUCGGUCGAGUUGAGUAAGAACAGUCGGUACAGCGAUCCUUGUACGCGCACGCGCUUUGCAUGGGGAAUGCAACUUUCCUGGCUUCCGAGGAAGUUGCCGAAAAGCUAGGCAGAUGGCCGUGGAGCUCCUGGUUCUCGAGUCGACAAGGACGCGUGCUAUGACGUCGUAGUACUCCACUUGUGUGGCGACGUGUGUGGAGAGCAUGGUGCUCUGCUCAGCUACGACGUGCGCUGUACUUCCGUACCUGUGCUUACUGUUAUGAUCACGGUCACUGAAGGAGGAGGUUUCGUUUAUCAGGGGACAAUGGGACAAUCUGGUCUGAUGGAAGAGGGGGCCGUCUUGACCUCCUCAUCUCAUCAUGGAAUCAGUGUCGAUGGUCCUGAAAUGGGUUUCCUUAGCAAGCUUCAAAUGUACGUGCCCUGAUUUCGUUCCGUUCCGUCCUAGGAUAGAUCUCGUCAAGUCGCUCGCUUGCUGCACCUGCACGAUAUGUCCAGAAUAUGACAAGGCUUCUGUUUGUAGAUGCCUCUUUUGCCUGCCUCACUUCCUCGCCUUGGGAGCAGUGGGGAGUUAUGUCGAUCCGUUGUACAGUGAAUUAUGCCCCCGCACGUGCAGGUACGUUAGGCCUUAGUUGUUUUGUUUGGCUAGUUGGUGAUUAUGUAUAUUUCUGGGUUUCUCGAUAAGCAGACAAGCAAGCAGUGCAGGCAGCAAAAUGGAGUGGAAGUGAUUGAAUGGUGACGGUACCGUUUACAGAUCUGCUGUUUCCUGCUGCUGCUGGUUGACUGUUGGUGACAGAAAAUGGGAAUGCUGUUUUGAAGGAGGGAGGGAAAUGGGCGAAGGUAUGGCCAGAGGUACGCAGCCCAUAUUUUUUCUUGCUGGAGUUUACGUUUUGCUUUUGCGGGCGCUGGCCUUCUUGCUAGAGGCCAAUGGUUGACUCUCCAUGGUACGCAAUCAUUCGUAGUCUUUCUUGGAAAGAGGAGAUACAUGAGCUCAGCGGGCGCUGGCCUUCAUGCACAUUAAUAUUCCUCCUUGUGCGGGAAGACCUGGUCCGUUGACCCUUCGCACGGAUGGAGCCGUUCGGCCGCAAAGCUGCUUCUCUAAAUCGUGCGUCAGAGAGCCGGUGUGCCCUAGCCUGUAAGUAAUGGUUCUUCUGGCGGUCGUCUUUGCUGGUGGGAAUGCGGUAGCUGCUGUGUGAUUACUGCCGUCGGUCACACUCUGCAACAAAGCGACAGUAUACGC